AUGAAUAUGAACACGGGUCGUUGUGCAGCUUGCAAGUAUCUAAGAAGAAGAUGCCCUGUGGAUUGUAUUUUUUCUCCAUAUUUUCCUCCAACCAAUCCUCAUAGAUUUGCUUCUGUUCAUAGAAUCUUUGGGGCUAGCAAUGUAGGAAAGAUGCUUCAGCAACUGCCGGUUCAUUUAAGAGGAGAAGCUGCGGAAACGUUGUAUUACGAGGCACAAUGUAGAAUUGAGAAUCCAGUUCAUGGUUGCGUAGGAAUCAUAACGCAAUUGCAUGAAGAAAUAAACAAUGCGGAGCAGGAAUUAGCCAGAGCACAAGCUCAACUAGCUGUUCACCAACCUCAUCACCAUCACCAUCAACAAGAGAUCGAAGAGGCAGUGACAGGGGAAGGGGCAGAACCGAUGGUGCCCGGUGACCACGCACAAGAAGUUGCAGCGGAAGUGGCAGGGAAUGUCGAGGAUUCGGACCAGAAUGAAUUUGAUAUCGCAGCCUUGAUGAGUCCCUCCGAUCCAGAUUGGUUUUACUAG